UGUUGGGAAAUUUCAGCAGGUAUUUCCUGCUAAUAACUGUCCUCCUCCUAUACAUUUCUCCAUAACUAGUUCUCGUUAAAAACAACAGCGCGCACGUUUAUAAAAGUCUUGUCCGCGCAGAAAACCCUCAGUAACGCUUGAUCUUAAGUUGACACAAUGGCGCGAAACGACUGCUGUCUUCAUUUCUGGGUCGGCUUGAUGGCCUUCCUCCAAAUCACCGCCGGAGUGUUCAGAAUAAUCCAAGGACUUAUGCUUAUCGGAAAUGUGGAUUCCGAGACGCUGAGUAUUUUCUUCUUGUUUGCCGUGGUGUCCUUGGUUAGCGGCUCGUUACUGGCACACGGUGCCCACAAGAAAAAACCCAAGCUAGUUUUCGCCCACAUCGUCAUAACUGUCAUUUGUAUGGUUUUGAGUGUAAUCGGUUUGCUGAUUAUAGUCUUUUUCGUGGAUGGGUACACGGGGGAUAGUCUUGCUAUAGUCGCUGGGGCUUAUGUGGUUGUUCUUUUCAUCCUCGUUGGUUUGGAGUGUGCCGUGUACAACUUUUAUACAAAUCUGAAGAGUGAACUUCAAGAUGAGGACACCCAAAUGACUUAUAAAGUGUGACGAAGAAAAUUAACACUCGUGUGAAGCGAGUGUCUGCUGUUUUUAUUACGUAACUAGUCUGUAUAUAUCGUUAUUUUUUUACUUUUGUUACGUUGAAUAGGCGAAUAAAAUCGGCGUGGCUUAAACUCAA